AUGCUCCGAAUCCCCAAAGACUGGAAUUUCCCCCACGUUCGUCCAGAUAUUCUGUCCCGCCCACCGGUCGCAGCAUUAUUUGGAUUGCCCCAUCUGUACAUUGCUUCUUCCCGCUUGCAAUCAUCCGUCCUUGAUGCGACCCUUUGUGUAAAUUCCAUCAACCGACCACGCCAAUCCGUCGCUAUCGUCACCUUUGGGAAGAGUGACGAAUACCUCUUCCAAUCCGCGAGAAACCGCCCUAUCCUUCCUCCAUCCAAUCCUCCGAGUCACCCAGUUCCUCUGGCGUUGGCAAACAUUGGCGAACAAUUUAUCUUAUUCCCCUUAGUACGCGACCAGUCCAUUGAUCCCGUUACGCAGGGGUCAAAACGACAUUCUAUUAGGAUGCUGUUAGAUGCUAUGGCUGGCCACGAACGAGACCAAAGCCCGCAAUUGGUAGAUCUCGCCAGUAUCAACGAAAACCCAGGAAAUAUGCCUGCUCCAUCGAAGGAGACUAAGAAGCAGGCCGAAGCUAAUGGCCAGACCGGCGCCAAUGGCAAUAUUCCCCCUCCCAAGACAGACAAGCCGCGGCCCCAUGUCUGUACCACCUGCGGUCGCUCCUUUGCGCGAUUGGAGCACUUGAAGCGUCAUGAGCGCUCGCACACCAAGGAGAAGCCCUUUGAAUGCCCCGAUUGCGCACGAUGCUUCGCUCGUCGUGAUCUGUUGCUCCGGCAUCAGCAGAAGUUGCAUAUGACAACCACCCCUUCCUCUCGGCCCAGAAACGGUCGCCGAGAGAGUACGGGUGCUGCGGGUGCGGGCGCGGGCGCGGGCGCCAAUCGCGUGCGCAAGAACUCCAUCGCUAACAACUCCGCCUCGAUGCGGCCUCGUGCCAACACGAUUAGCCACAUCGGUACAUCGGCCCUGGGUAUUCCAGAUGGAAGUAACCCGUCCUCUGCGCCCGGUCAAUCGGGUCACGCAUACCACCCCAGUCUUGGAACUUCAUUAGGCUCAAGUGUAGACUACAGGGGGUUCAGCUCCGGGCAUCCACCGGUGAACGGUCUGCCUAAGCUAGAGACGUCGGGACUCCCCAUGGAUAUGUCUGGUGGUUUGCGGACGGCUCCCGUCUACGGGAGCUUCGAUCUGGGAAUUGAUGGUAUGCUUAUGGGUCACGGCAGCACCAUCAAUCCCGCUCAACUACACUUUGCAGGUUCUCCCCAGGGCUUUGGUGACUCCCCCUCUUCCCCAUUCGGCCACCAACACCAUGUGAUGCCUCACCCGGAUCCCAUGAUGGACGAGGAGAUGAACUUUGACUGGAUGAAUGGGUUUGAUGCGGCCGUCGCGCUGGGAAAUGGUAACGACUCGGUUAUCGACGAGUCCUCGCCAUCGGCAAUGAGUACGGGUAGCCAGAGCGGUAUUAGUGAGGCGAUGUUGGACGGGCCCAACCGCAUCCCCAUCUCUAAUGGCUGGCAUAACCCUUUCCCCGGACACACGGUGGCUUCCGCCAACCAAUUCGCCAUCGACUUUUCCCCGACGACGUUGAACGAAUUGGGUAUUCCGCCGGAGACCGUGUCGCCCAAGUCGCUGAUGGCCCAGAACCCGUUCGCAGAGACCUAUGCCACCCCUCCCUCCAUGACCUCGGUCGGCCAGCCCAUCGUGGGAGGACAUUCGCAGAUGCCCUACGAAAUCAACAUUCCCCAGUCUCAACGGAUACAUUUACAGACUCCACUCGACAGGCUCUACUAG